CUCGAAUUUCUCAACCUCUAGCCUCUUCCGCAAUUUCAGAGCGGAAUCUUACUUCUCUCAAUGCAGACGGAAUCUCAAACGCGCCCAAUAACCCUUCCCAUCGAGCUGGUGUCCAUGAUCUUCGACCAUUUUGACGAAUCGAGGGACCGCCAAAUGUUGCAGGCUUUCUCAUUGGUAUCUCGAGUCUGGAGAGAUGCAGCUCAGGCGCGAAUUUUCACUCAUAUUGAAAUCGAGAAUGGCGUCAAAUGCAAAUUUUGGAGCAAAAAAUUCAAGGAAUUCCCCCAUCUGGGACUUCUAGUGAGGGGCUUGUGUCUCUGACCUAACGAAAUUGCAUUCGUUAGAUCUUUCCUGGCGUGACUUCCUAGACACCGAAACCACUCCUGACUUCUCUCCUUUCGACGGUUUCAUUCAGCUGGUCGGAGAGCACGUCAACGAUUUGUAUUUGAGCCCCCCUUUCCCAAUCUUCUACGAAGAUCUUGAUACCUGCGACCGAUUGACAAUGGAGAGAAACCCAGCCGAUUUGUUACAAGUACACCUUGUUUCUUCCGGGAUCUUACGCUGUUUUACAGCGGUCGCACGACUUACCUUCACUUCGUGUACCAUACCUCUUGGUGUCACUGAUCUGACUAACACCCUCAAAGCAUUGGUGGUCCCGCGUCUGGAAGUCAUACAAUUCGUCACUGGAAUAGAAGCGCACGAUUCGCAGGUGGAGAGUGUACUGGGUGUGAUGGAAGGAUGGCAAGAACUGGAUGAGAUUCUUGCUGGGCCUGCCUUCCCAUUACUGCGCUUAAUCGAGUUCGAAGUUAACAUCUGUUUGCCGGCGUACCCAAAUUGGGAUACUGUUCGUUCAGUCAUCAGGCAUAAUCUUCCGAAGACUGUCAAGAAAGGUCUACUUACCCUCAAAGUGACGCAUGUCAUCUAUUAAUAUAAGUAUUAUGUAAAAUAUUAAUGCCUCGCAAGAGUUGCACCCGUCGUUCCACC